UGGACGAGACGAUAUUAUUACGUACCUCGUCGCUGUCUAUACCUUUUAUGCCUUCUUUUAUGUAAUAAAAUUGUGUUUAAGUACCUUACCUAUCGCUUACCUAUCGCAUACCUACAAUAUACAUUAUUCUUAAUAUAUAUUACUUCGACUGCGAACGUUGAAAAGUCGGCGACGUUCAGUGUGAGGUCUUGAACCGUCGCGUCCUCCGUCCGUCAUCAUCGUGUCUCGUCUGAUCGCAAUUUGGUGUACUUGAAUGUAAUCGCAUAAUCGCUGUAACCUAUAGUUAUUACCCGCAGUGGUGCAAGACGUGACUACUGAAAAUCACCAGUUGGUGGAUAUAAACCGUUGUGUGUGUCGCACACUCGAGUAGAAAAUUAUCUGCUCGGACCGUUUGGAGAUCUCGACUUGGACUACCAUGGAUAAAAAAAAUACCCAGCACAGUGCUUCAAAUGAUAAACAUGUUCAAUUUAAAUCAAAAGCUGUUGUUAAGGUUUCAACAGUUCAAACGCCCAAUUUUAUUCGCCACAAAGUCAAUACUAAUCUGAAUUUGAAACCACAAAAUUUUUUUAGUCUAGAGGCCGAAUCAGUGGGCGUGCGGUUUACCUCUAAUGAUUUUCAUGGUUUUUCUAGUUUUCAAAUGGCUAAUAUGAUUUCUGAAUGCAUUGGUAAAGUUGACAUUGUGUCAGAUGCAGAAAAUAUUAAGAACUUGUGUAAAAUACCAUACGAUAACAAAUCUGUUAGCAUUAUGGUACAUAAAAUCAAUAAGACAUUAUUAUUAGAUGAAUUUGAUGUCGAAAAACACUUGAUACAAGAUACAUCUGAAAAAUGGACCUGGCUAAAAAAAUUCUUUUACAAAAAUAUUGUCAAAUCUUCUGAUAUUAAGGUAAAAUGUAUCACUUAUAAAAAGAAUGAUUUUAAAAAAAUUCAAAAUAAAAAUUUGGUAUCAAAGUUUUUGCACCAUUCCAUUGGAUUAGAUUCCCAUAAUGAUCAAAUAAAAGAUUUUCAUGAUAACAAUUCUUCAUUAACUUCUCCUCUACUAAAACUUACACCAGAAGAAGUAUUUCAUUGUCCCCAAAUCAAACAUUUAUUUAACCGAAAUAUUUUGUGGGAUUUUGAAGACAUGCAAAUGUUAAUAGGUACAGAUUUACCAAUUUUUAGAAGUGGUAAUAAUUCAUAUCUAAGCACAAGAUUAAGAGAUAUGUCUAAAUCUUUAAGUAUGUUAACUGGGAUUGAUUAUUGGCUAGAAAAUGUAAUGUGCAAUAUCCCUGAAAUCGAGUUUUGUUAUCAUAAAAAUGGUACUAUUCAAAAGUAUGAGAUGAUAAAGACCGAAGAAAUACCAUAUUUGAAUGACUCAACAUUUUCACCAAAUGAUAUUAGUGAUAUUAUGCAAAAUAUAAUAUCAUUUUUAAAAUCAAAUGCUAAUAAUGAUGGACAUACAUAUUGGUUAUUUAAAGGAAAAAAUGACAAUGCAGUUAAACUCUAUGAUUUGACAACAUUAUGUUCUGAAUCAUUAAUUGAUAACCCAAAUCCUUAUACAGUUCCCGUGGUUAUAUUGUUAUAUCGUGUUGCUUGUAAAUUGAAACAUAAUUCAAAAGACAAUAAACCAUGUAACCCAGUUACUAUUCAAUUUUUACUAAACAAUUGUCUAAAAUUAUUAGAUAAAACUAAAUAUCCUGAAAUUGUUAUAUCUGUCAAUAACUUGUUGUCUGAUAUGUACAUAUCAAUUUAUAAUAAUCCAUCGACCACUGCAAUAGAUUCAACUGAAGUGGAUAAGGACGACUCUGAUAAUUUUUAUGAUGAUUAUGCCAUUUCAUCAACUCCAUUUGAUUAUGGGACCUAUUCUGUUGGUAUACAAAAUUUAUGUGUGUCAUACAAAAAAGAAAUUAUAUCCCAAACACCAGAGCACUUAAUGGCAAAGCAUUUAGUUAAAACUAUAGAAGAAUGUUAUUAUAAGGCAUUAUAUUAUGUUGGUAGCAGUUUGAGUUGUUUACAAUAUUUCAAAAAUGAUAAAAAUAUUAAGGUGGGGCGACCAUCACUGUUCAAGGGCAAGACUAACCCUUUGCAAAAUAUCAGUUUUGAAAUAUUUGAAAAAAAUGAUGUACAAAGUUGGCAUAAUUUUCUCAAUCUUGAGGAUGAUAAUUGGGAAAAUGAUAUCAGACUAAAAUUUUAUAAAAAAGCAUCUGAUAUAUAUUUUAAUUUAGGCAAAAAUUGUCUAGCAUCCAAAAAUUUUGGUAUAGCAUUAAAAUGUUUUCGCCGCUCAUUUGAAUGUGAACUAUGUGUUACUAAUACUGAUGUAAAUCAUUUAUUCGGACCUAUUUUAGACCUUAGUGCCAAUUGUUGUAUGUUUAUUCUUAAAAGUUGGAAUAAAUUAGAACAGUACAUGAAUGAGUUUGGAAAAGAUGAUAUGUAUGAUUUUGAACUAAGAAAAGCAUUACUAAAUAAUUCUGAUCACAAUAACAAAGAUUUAAAUUUAAUUCCGAUAAUAAUCAAUAAUUCUAAAGAAAACAUAUUGAACGCAGCAAAACAUUGUUACUUACGUGCUUUAGAAUUGGAAAAAAAUAUUAAUGAUACAAAUAAUUUGAGUAAACAAAUAGGUAUUGUUUACAUUGAAUACAUUAAAAUGUACACGGUAGAAAUAAUUAUGGCUAUAAUUCAUAAUAUUCCUGUAAGUCCAUUAAAGAUAAAAUUGUUUAUAAAAAAUUCAAAUAAUUUUUUUACACUGGGAAGUGAUAUAUUUAAAAAAAUUGAAGAUGAAGAUAAUUUCUUACUGAUAAAUUUAAACAUAGCAAAUUUUUACAAACACAUAACACAUUAUUCAACAAAAUAUAUAGUUCCUAUCUAUGAAUUUAUAAAAAAAGAGAUUUUCAAUUACAAGGUUGGGAAUGCUUACAAGAAAAGAUUAUCAGAUUUGGGUGACCGUAGUUCUAAUCCACAACUGUGGGAUGAGAUUUAUUAUCAAUUAUCGUCAAGCCUGUUUUAUGUGGCUGUACAUGCAUAUUUAGACAUAUGUCGAUGCACUUCUAAUAACUAUAGAGAAUGCAUAAAUCUAUUCAUGGAAGCUUUAAACUAUUGCGAUUUAGAGAAUUGUUCACCCAAUAGAUUUGUAUAUGAAUACCAAACAGCAUAUAUUUAUUUAGGUUUGGCAACAUUAUCUUCAAAUCGUCUAGAAAAAUAUAUUACCAAGAAGUCUCCAGAGGUACGUCCUGUUUUCACUCAGAUAAUUUCUUACUGUAAUGUUGCAUUUGAAAUAUAUUUUAAAAUAAGGCGUCCAUUGGAAUCUUUUGAGGUUCUCAUAAAAAUGAUAAUAUUAGAUAUGCGCUUUAUUGAUGGAAUGCCAAGUCUACGAAAUAUUAAACAUGUUAUUUCUAUUAUAAGAACAUUAAGAAAAUGUGAUAUUGUGUUUCAAAUGUUUUCUGAAAAUAAGAAUACAAUAAAAUAUUCACAGAGUAUUGGGAAACUCGAGGAGUUGGCUAUUAAAGAUGACUUACACUUUGAAAUGAGAAAAUUACAUUUUUUUUUAAUUUUAGAAGAAAAUGUGCUUAAACUCUUGAAAUAUAUGAUUCAAUUGGCUUUAUAUAAAUUGCCAUAUAUGCAACCAAAAUGGUUGACAAACAAAGAGAAUGAACUGAAAACAAUUCAUAGUCUAUUGUUAAAACAUAAAAUUGAUGAAAAUGGUUAUUCACAAUUAAUGAUAGCUGUAAAACAAUUAUCUACAUUUAAUUAAUUCAAGAGAAGAAAGUAUAAUUUAUAUUAUUUGUAAUAUUAAAUUUGUUUGUUCAUCAUAGAUAGUAAAUUUAUUGGUAAGUAAUUUGAAAAUAAAGUAGGUAUGUAUGUAAUUUUUUUUUAAUUGAUGGGAGAUAGAGAAAGACUAGUGUUGUAUCUAGAAAUUUGUGAAUACAAACUGAUGUUAAACUAAAAUGCACCAGAGUUUUUGCAACAUAUCAAUUCUAAUAUGGAUAUAAUUUAUAAACCUUUUAUCCAUAACUUGCACUUUGAAUUCAAAUUGGAUUCAUAAUAUUGGGCAGUGGUUGUAGUUUCAACUACAACUAUUUAUCAUAAAAUGCAUAAUUUAUUACUUAAUAAACUUGAUCCAUUCUCUAUCUCAACUCAUUAAUAUUAAUGAUGAUAAUAUUAUCAAUGAUAAUAUUAUUAAUAUAGGCAAUACUAAUUUAUGAAUAUUAUAAAUAGUCAUAGUAAAUAGUCAAAUAGUCUUACUACUUACUAGUAUUUAUUUAUUAACUAUGUUUGCUAUUUAAAAUAACAUUAUACUUGCAUGUAUUUUGCUUAUCUUACUAACUCAAAACAUACCUAAAUGUAUAUCUAGCAGUUCCAAUUAUUUAUUAUUAGCUUAAUGAUUAGAGUGAAUUGAUCCAUUAUCAAACUUAAAGGUAAGAGCAUUAUUUGUUUUUCUUAUUGGUUUUUUACAAUUUUUAAAUUUUAAGCAAAUUUUAAGUAAUUUUAUAUAUAAUUGUUUUACAUACAUACAACUCAUUUGAAAUUUUUAAUAUCAUUAACUAAAAACAUUUAUAAUGCUUUCACCUUUAUUUUUUUUGUGUCAUAAUGCACUCAUAUAACUUUCACUCAUCGUCAAGCUAGUAAGGUUUUCAAUUACAAGAUAAGUGAUCAAUUCUUAUUAGUCAUUUCACAGGUCAAGGAUCUAGGGAUAUUAUUUUCUAGAAAUUUGUCUUUUGUCAAUCUCAUAAAUACAUACAGUGAAACCUCUCUGCUAAUUCGCCACUCCGGUUGAUCCAACCAUAGUAUUAUCGAUAUGAGCACUUUAAAAAUAUUCAUUACUGAAUUUUUUUCUAAGUAAUUAAUUUUCUUAAAAUGUUUCUGUAUAUUCUGAUAAUCUGACUUUUUUGUGUUCUGACCACACCCCCAGUCUCAAAGGUGACGGAUUAGAUUCAUUAAAGAAAUUAUUUAGAAUUUAAUGUUUCAAUGUAUAUUAAUUGAUUCUGAAGCAAAAUUAAUGUCAAUAUUUUUUUUUCAUAUUAUAAUUUGUAAUUUGUGUUUCAUAUUGUCUAUUGUUACAAAUGUAGGUAUGUAUUAUUUUUACUGAACUAUUUUUGCCUUUUUGGUGUUAUUUUAAUACUAAUUUAUUCAUUUUAAUAUUCAAGCGGCUAGCUUGAUUAAAAAAAUUAUAUAAUGCUAAACGUACAUUGUGGUAUGUUAUGCAUUAGUAAGAGGAAGACAACACAUCAGAAUACGAUGUCGAUGUUGAAAAAUGAUUUAUACAUUAAUUUUUCUAUUUAUUUUCAAUAAGUAAUACAAUUUGUAUUAAAAACACAUUUAAACAAUUUUAUUAGUAUAAUGUACAAAAAAUGAGUGUUUUCAUUCCUUGUCGUGUAUAUUAUGUAUAUAUUUUUUUUUACUAUACAAAUCAGUUGAUAAUAAUUUCUUUAUCUUUCUCAGUAUUUUAUUAUGGCGAUGUAUAAAUAUUAUAUAAUUUUAUUACCAGACAA